AGCUCUCCUUUGAUCAAAUAUUGAAUAGGUAAUUAAUUUAAAAAAAGACUUAGUUACCAAAUAAAUACAAAAGGAUGAAGAAUGCACCAACUGCCUCUCAACUAUUCCAGGAAUUUGCCCUGCAAAAGAUUCUUGGUGUUUCUUGAUAACUGUAAACCUUGAUUUGAAAUGUCAUUUUAUGAUUCAUGAUUUUAUUCAGAUACYAUUAGCUGUUGAAGAAGCAGCAGCUGCUCUUCCUGGGGUCUACACAAAACAUGAAAUAAUACUGAACACCAAUAGACAAAAACAGCAACACWAAUUUAAAAACUAAGAACAAUACAACUAAAGUAUCUAACGUUUCAUAAUUAGACCUUCCCAUUGAGGUAUCAGUGUGGCUUACAUUACUUUGACAAUGUAAUAGCAGUAAAUGUUAUGUUUGUGUUUAUCUUCCUCCUAAACAACACACUGUAGCAACAGCCAGAGCUGCGUUUGAACCAGCAACCAUGCGGAAAUAUAGCUAGUGCACUACCACAAGUGCCAUAAAGCUCCUGACAUGUUGGUAAAGGGCCUUGGCUUAUAUGCAUACAGGGAUACUGUUAUUACUAAGGCUACAAGCUGUACAUAAAUAGCAGUGCAAGGCCAUCUAGUGGCCAAGUGGUUAUCAAGUACAGUAAAAUGCCCCCCAUGACUCAACACUAAUGUGAAGUAAAGGAAAUGGAGGGGUCCAUAUUGAUAGUCUUGAUAUGGACAGGUGAUGAUAUAUUCAUGGUGCGCUUCAACUAGCCUGUGUUUUCAGAUAAAGGCAGAUGAAGGAGAGGAAGCAACUUCAGACUAUUGAGACACAGCCUAACCUAUACCCCACUUGCAGCUGCUGCUGUGGUCUGAAGAUCAUGAUUUAUAUUUACAGUGGAGUCGGAGGUAAGCCUUAAUGCGUGGUGGGCACACAUAGACAGUGUAAAUAUACCCUCAGUCAUCUCAGUCAGCCUUAAUGGUUGUUUUGCUCGCCUGUGUGGGUGAGCACUGGCGCCGUCGGUAAUUAUGAAGUGUGUAAGGUGGAGUAGACUAUUGGUAUGUGUCUGCCGGGUUGUAGCAACAUCACACAAAGACCCCCAGAUGGCGCCAUAACCUCUCGCUGAUCCGAAGGUGAGUGCGAGCUGAGAGCGCACUGAGGGCGAAACAAAUAUCCAAAAGCUUACAACAUUCUUUGCAAGUGAAAAGGUUAUAAAAAAUUAAAAUAAACUACAAAAUAUAUAAAACCUUUGUCAUAAUAAUAGAUUGUAUAAUAAGGGUAUUGAAUCAUAACAUGAAAUGGUAUUAAGGUGUACAAGGUGUCACACGAAGUCACAGUCAAGGGGAUUUUUCUUUGGCUUCUUGCCCACCCAUCAGUCWCCUGGUUCACGUCACACCAGACCGUCUCAUCCAGACGAGCAGACACCUGAAGCUUCAGUCAUUCCAUGUCUUGAAUAUGAGAAGAUGACACCACUCCAACAUAUCUAGGAUAUGGGGUAGAAACAGAUAAACAGUUAAUUUAUUGACAACUCUCAUAAUAACAGUGGGCUAUUUGAUCAUAAUUUGCCACGUGUAGGCAAUCAUUGGAGACUUAGACAGUGGAUAAUUACCUUGGAGAACUACUUUUAGAAUAGAAUGGAAUAGAAAUAUUAUCCUAAAAGAGUCAAUUUAKGCAGUUGUUUGCAGGUCUGCAUAGCGUUAUGGUGCCAUAACUGGAGUUUUACAAACUGCUGACACAGCUAUGCAAUCAACUCAGACUACCUCGAUUCACUACGCCAUGCACGAAUCACAGGAAUCUCAAAUCUUACCGAUUUCAAGGGCUACAGGAUGCAACUUCUUCCCUAACCAACCAACCGGACACUGCUCGGAUCCGCCGCACGGCCAGCUGAACUUUGACUCUCAUUCUUUUCUGGAAUAUAAUGGGAAUAACGGUCUCUACAGUCCCGGGAUGUAUGAGUUUGGGUUCCCCACCUCUUACGGUUGUUACGGAUCUUAUAUGGGCUCUUCACCUCUCACUACGGACACAGAGAAAGAGGAGAAGGAGCCAGAAGUCCGAAUGGUAAAGGGAAAACCAAAGAAAGUCCGGAAGCCCAGAACCAUCUACUCCAGCCUGCAGCUGUGCGCGCUCCAGUGCAGGUUCCGAACGAGGCAGUAUCUGGCGCUACCUGAGCGUGCGGAGCUGGCCGCUUCACUGGGACUCACACAGACACAGGUGAAGAUUUGGUUCCAGAACCGUCGCUCAAAGUUGAAGAAGCUAUGUAGAAACGGCCAGAUGCCACCGGAACAGCCGGAGACCCCGUGUGACUCCCCUAGGUCCAGCAGCUCUCCUCAGGCUACAACGGUGCACUGGGCCCCCCAUGGGAUUACCGAGACAGGAGGCUCAAGCAAUGAGCAGAACUGUAUCCCUCCAAGCACCCCAUCCUUUUACAGUAACUACUCUUGGUACUCAGCAACAGACUCUGUGGMACUCUCCCAGCAGAGUCCAGUACUAUAUCAGCCACAGAACCCUUCAGCUGAUGUGGGUUCAAUUUAUUGAUAUACAGGACUAAAAAUAAUGAAAACCUGCUAAUGGGAAAAUCUAUGUGUGGACUCUACUUUCACCUGGCAGGAAUAUGAGCAAUUUUUAUWUAGCAGAUAAACAGUUUAUGACCAGUUUAUUUCAACGAAUUCCUGUMUGUUUGAGAAUAACAUUGAUAUUGAAUAUUGUGUAAUAAAUGUGCCAUAUUGUACAUAUGACAAGAAUGUGGCCUAAGGAACUUAAAAGGCAUCGCUUCAAUAGAAUUAGUGUAAAUACCUAAAGCAAGGUAUCUAAUUGGUCUAGAGGAAAAACGAAAUAAGUUACUAACAAUGUAGAGCUGGAGGUUGAUGUGAUUAGAGACUAUUAGUAGGGCUGAAUACGUCACGCAGCCAAACAACGCAGCAUCAAUAACAUCAACUCAUGACAUAAUCAGCCCAGCGGACUUACGAUACUCUGCAAACCUUGCAGUCCUAACAACGUUAACACAAGAUAAUCUUAUGAUGCCGUCAGUCAGAGAGAAGAAUGUGCUCCCCAGAUUAGAAUUCAUUUGAUUUCCUGAAACAUAAAGUCAAAUGUGUUAUAG